AGCAACGGUAACGCCACGGCCACGCGCGCUGGGGGCGGUAGUCUUCUCAAAAGGGAUAUAUAUAUAUGACAUUGUUCUUUUGGAAUUAUAGUUGUUUGUGGUCACCGGCCCUUCAGCUCCUCGAGUGGCGAGAGGAUGGGGCAGAAGGAGAAAGAAAAUGAAGACCAACAGAAGACAAAGGAAAUCCCACUCGACGAGAGCGAAGCCAUCGAGGAGGUUCAGGAGACGCAUAAGCUGAAUACGUUUGAAGAUUUGCUCGAGUUGGUUGGGACUCGAGGUCGAUGGAAUAUAAGGAUUUUUCUAAUAUGUUGCGCGCACAUGUUAGCAUGCCCAUUCUCCAGCGUGUCAUACCAGUUUCUUGGUGCCACUCCCAAACACUGGUGUCAUGUGGCACCUCUUGUACAAGCAAACUGGACGCAGGAUCAAAUCCGGGCUCUAGCCAUUCCUUACAGUAACGAGACGGGUCAGUUCGAAGGAUGCCAGAUGUACGAUGCCAACUACGCCCUGGCAGCCGACCUUGGCUUUGAACGGAGUCAAAAUAACUCUGAGGUUUUGCCGCGCCUAGACACUGUGCCUUGCGAGACGUGGGAUUUCGAUUCCUCCGAAUACAAGUCUACUGUGGUCACUGAGUGGGGCCUCAUCUGUGACCGCCGCCCUCUGUACUCCAGCUUGCAGGCGGUGACGCAGGCUGGGUAUCUGCUUGGGUCUCUGCUGAUGGGGUACCUCUGUGACAGAUGGGGUCGACGGGUAGUGGCAGUGUGGUCUACUCUGUUGAUCCUCGUGGUGGGCGUUGCUAUGACAAGCAUCCCCGUGUUUUGGGUGUUCAUUUCGCUGCGAUUACUCUUCUGCAUCUUCAUCAUGGGAAUUUACGUGCCUACUUUCAUUAUCUCCCUUGAAGUAUCAUCCCCCAAACUUCGUUCCGUGGCGGCCAUCGUGUUUAUCUUGCCCUGGGCGAUCGGUUACAUGAUCCUUCCGGGCAUUGCUUACGUGGUGAGGUCGUGGCAGCGGCUGCAGGCGGUUCUCAUCACGCCCUACGUUCCUCUGUUGGCUUAUUACUGGUUGCUUCCGGAGUCUCCCCGAUGGCUCAUCCAGCAAGGUCGCUUUAAGGAGGCCAUCGUGUUGUUCUCAAAGGCCGCUAAGGUCAACGGGCGGACGCUCCCCUCAAAGGCUAAGCUCCUGGGGGCCUUGGAAGCCAUCCGGAAAAAGUUAACAGAGAAGACCACAUCCGAGGCCAAACGUGACAGCAGCUUCUCAAGAGGCUGUAGCUGUGUUAGCGGGAAGAGUGAUCGCCGUUUAAGACAUGGUUUGCGUGUUCUAGCGGAGGGCGCACAUGCCUAUUUCCCAUCUCCCAGUGUCGACGUCUACACAUACAUGUUCCUCUCUGGUUUACUGGAAGUCCCAGCUUACUUAUUAUUAUUGCCGUCAAUUGAAAGGCUGGGACGUCAAAGGACGCUGGUGAUGCUGUUUUUCAUCUGCGCCAUUAGCAUUUCGUCUGUUGCUCUCAUCAUGUUCUAUUUCCCAAAUGCACCCGCAGGCCUCAAAAUAUUCUUCUCGCAAAUUGGCAAGUUGUGUGUGACAGCAGCCUUCCAUCUGACGUGGAUCUACACUGCCGAAAUGUUCCCUACGCGCUAUAGGUCUCUGGCUGUGGGCGAAGGUAGCUGUAUAGCACGCAUGGGCAGUAUCUGUUCGCCUUAUAUUAUUGACAUAUUGGGCGAGGUGACUGCAUGGGCGCCGUCUGCUGUCUUCGCCUUCAUCUCUCUUCUGGCCUCCGUCCUCGCUCUUCUGCUGCCGGAGACUCGAAACCGCGCCAUGUUGGAAACGGGGAGCUUUAAGGAAAAGACCUCGGACCAAAGGAUGGACACCUCUUCCGGGAGUUCUGAGGCUUGAAAAGUAUUUUGUUGUGGAGGAUGUUUGGUAGAAAAAAUGGCCAGGGAGAGGGACGUGUUUUUUUUUUUUUUUUUUUUAUGUGAAGAGGGUAAUUUGGUAUUCUUAACAUCCAUGGGAAGCAGUGCUGGGAACCGAAUCUCGCUCUGAGGGUGAGGCUGAAAAGAUGGGGAAAUGUCUUUGCAGGUGAAAGCUGAUCUCGAGCUCAUCAAGGGUGAGGGAGGUGCAAGUCUUGUGACCCUUCACCUUAUACCCAACGCCGGUGAUAUUUUUAACUGGCCAAGAGUUUAUCUUAACUUGAAGCAAAUGCAAAAAUGACCAAACCUAUGAUGUUUGGAGACAGACAGAUGCAAACAGACAAACAGACAUAGAUCAGUGAACAGAAAACAAAUGUAAGAAAAUCUAAGAUAGUGAAGCGGAGUAUAAAUGGGAAUAUUGAGAAGCACGAGGAAUAGCCAUUUAACUGAUUCUGCAAUGGCCACACGAAGGUGGAAAUGAAAAAGGUUCGGAAAAGACGAAGAUCAGAAGUGGGUCUGUUAAUUCAACGACACGAAAUGAGAAAGCACCGAGUAAAGAAGACAAAAUAACAGAAGUGUUAAGAUCUAAGAAUGAAAGUCAGAUAACCCGACGAGGAGUAUGAUGGACCAGCUGUGUAUGAACAAGAGGAACUUUAUAGACCAAGUAUUAUAUUAAAGGAACUAAUGUGCAGUGCGGAGUAUCAGUUAGGUCUUGAGGGAAUGGUCUUUUAUUUGUUGAAGAAUAAUUGUAAGAGCAAAGAAUACGCACUUCCAGAUUUUAAAGAUGUGUGUGUGUAGACACACACAUACACACACACACACACACACACACACACACA